UCAACGUUUGGACUCCCGAGACCAAUUGAUGGAUCAAAUUAUUACCCAUGACAAAUAUGCCGCCACCACCAUCUUUUUCCAAUGUCUACAGAACUAAUCAGUCUGAAUCGAACUGCGUAGCGAAACGCAGACGCCACCUUCAUUAUGCGUUUUCGGGUUGUGAUUUUGUUUUUAUUAUUUGGAGAUUCUAUUUCGGGGGAUGCUACCGAUGAAACUUGCGUUGUACGGUUCCUCGACACGGGAAGCAUAGGGAUCGGAAUACCAAGUGAAACCUUCAACCGAGUGCCCUACUGUCAGUACUUGGGAGUACGCUAUGCUGAACCUCCUGUGGGAUCAUUGAGGUUUAAGAACUCAGUGAUCUCUAACCCUAGAGGAGUUGAAAAUUACACUGUGCUGGGAAAUAUCUGCCCCCAGGAUGAUGAUUUUCGAAACCCCCAGGAAAUAAUCGGCGAUGAGGAUUGCUUAUUCAUGAACAUCUUUUCUCCGAGGCGCGAAAAUAAUGGGACGAAUUUAGCCAGGCGAAAGUUUCCGGUGCUAGUCUUCAUCCAUGGAGGAUCUUUUAUGGUUGGCUCAGCCGUUGUGGAUAUGAAGAAUGGUGCAGAUUUGUUAGUUGAUAGCGGCGUACUGGUCGUGAGCAUCAACUAUCGACUAACGAGACUGGGAUUUCUCCGAUAUCCUGAGUUGAACGUGUCAGGAAAUUUUGGUUUAAAAGAUCAACGAACAGCUCUACAGUGGGUUCAGAAUAAUAUCGAAUAUUUUGGAGGUGAUCCACAGCGCGUUACACUCAUGGGUCAAAGUGCUGGAGCAGGAUCUAUCUGUUAUCAUAUGUACUCGGAGCAAAGUCGAGGCCUAUUUCAACAACUUUUUCCCUUGGGAGGUUCAUUUUUAGGUUCAUGGGCUUUGAACUUCAAUCAACACGAGUCGGCAGAGCGAUUGAUAACAGCACUCAACGUGACAAGCCUGGAAGAACUACAGAGCAUUGAUUUCAAACAACUAUUUGUGCGAGAUAACUACGAAAUAUUUGGCUUUUUUACGAUGUUUUAUCCAUCUUUUAUACCAACUGUUGAAGACGUGAGCGAUGAGGAACCUUUCAUAACGCAGACGCCUUUUGACAUCAUCAAAACGGAACUUGCAAAUCCCAUUCCAGUACUUAUAGGACAUUCCGAAACGGAGUUUGAACUGUUGCUGAGUUACGCAAAGUUUUUGUAUAUGGGAGAAAAUUUCCCCAACAAAAACAGGUCGGUCAUCGAAAACGUACCGUGGCUUAUUGACUAUCACAACGCAUCAUCUGGAGAUGAAAAUUUCUAUAGAAAAAUGGCCAACAUGGCGAAUCUUUAUUAUCCCAUCAAACGGCUGAUAAAAACUUGGUCCCGGCAAGAUUCUCCAAUUUAUUAUUUCAAAUUUGGCUUCGAUGGAAAGUUUGGUUACUACAAGAAUGAAUUCUACAAAUCCAGAACGAAUGGAAGUCGUUACGGGGCCGUUCAUGGUGAUGAUUUGGGAUACAUCUUUACACCUUAUAAUGUGAAAGAAGCACUUGCCAACCGAAGUCAGUUCAACCGGGAGUGGAAGGUCCAUGAGCAGAUGGUUGAGUUGGUGGCAAAUUUUGUGAAAUAUGGGAAUCCAACACCAAAACCGUUGAAAAAACUGAACUUGACCUGGAUUCCUUACAAUGACAAGGCAUCAGGAGGCAGAUACUUGAGCAUCGACAAAACACUCGAAUUACGCAUGGAUGAUGAUUCCGACAAUGAACUUUUCAAACUUUGGGAUGACAUUUUUCCGUGUAUUUACUAUUUCGAGUGUGAGAAUCUUCAAAAGCGAUUAGACAAUACAGAUUCGAGUGAUGAGAAAUCCCAGGAAGAUGUUGAUGAAGAAAACGAAAUUUAAUAAAUUUUACGAAUGAUUUGA